UGUCCAAUGUUUCGUCCGUGGUGAGCACUUCAAUAUCCUGAAGGUAGCCAUGGCGUGCAGGUCUUUGUGUGCGGCCUUGAUAUUCUUCGCGGUCGCGUGCGCCAGCUGCUGUCAUGCACAGACCACAAAGCAUACGUUCUACACGUUUUGCUUCUGGGACGCCUUCGCACGGUGGCGGCCAGCGCCACACAGCUUCAACGUCAGCGACAUUCCCGCCGAGUUGUGCGAUGCAGUGAUCUAUUCCCACGUGACCAUCGACAACAACACCGGCUCGGUAAAGCUCACAGAGAAAGAACUGCAGCUAGACCCAGAGGCCAAGGCUUACUCAAAAUCUGGGAUGUACAAUCCCAUAUGGAUGCUACCCCCACAUCGUAAGUGA